UAUUGUUAGUCACGCACGCAGGAGCAAGAUGGCGAAUCAUCCAUCAUAGGCAGACUGUCGAGAGUAGUCGAGAGAGCUAACAUUACACAUGCAGCCUGGAAAUUAUCGUCCCGCAGAUAAAUCAGAAGAAUGGAACUGUUUCGCACUGACACGCAUUUUAUUUUCGUGAAAGAGCGAUAUAGCCUGUGGUGUGACAAAUUUACGGGUGAAUUCUCUGCGAAAUCGGAUUGGGAGUGGGCCUCUCCAAACGACUUAGAAUGUCUGGGAAUAUUUUAUGGAAUCAUUGGAAAAAUAGAACAAACAUCAGUAUUAGAACCUCGUUUAAUGCUAAUUAAAGAAGUUUCACCAGCUGGAGAAUUAUAUGGAGGUCACAUUGUAUAUAAGAUUAAAUCUAUUACAUUUUUACAUCUUGGCUCAGAAAAUAAUGACAUUGGACUGUUGGCAUGUAAGAAGCAUCAGAAUUUGCCAAAGAAAAAAAGUCAAAGUAGUUUGUUUGACGUGCCACAGAAAGCAGCUUUUGCCAAGACAUGGGGAACUAUUAAGAAUGCAACCAAUACCAUAAAAAAUACUACGCAACAAGCAGCUGCACUAGCAACAUCUCAGGUAAAAUCUACAGUAUCUAAACGAAGUGUUGUAAAGGAUAAAGAACGAUUUGAGAAAAGGAUUCUUGAAGAAUUGCACAAAGUUUUCUCAGAAACAGAUUCUUUCUAUUAUUGUCAAACUGGUGAUAUUACCAACAGCCUACAACGUCUUUGCAAUACAGAAUCAAGGCUGGAUGUAGAAUUGGAUAAACCACUUUGGCAAAGAGUAGAUGACAGAUUUUUCUGGAAUAAACACAUGCUGCAGGAUAUAAUCAAUCUAAAAACAGAUAAAGCAGAUUGUUGGAUUUUACCUGUUAUCCAGGGAUAUGUGCAGAUAGAGAGCUGUAAAGUAGAAGUAGGUUUUGAUGGUCAAUCUCAACAUGAAACCUUUAAUUUAGCUAUUAUAUCAAGGAGAAGUAGAUUUCGUGCCGGAACACGAUACAAACGACGUGGGGUGGAUGAUGAUGGAAAAUGUGCAAAUUAUGUAGAAACAGAACAACUAGUGUGGUAUCAUGACCAUCAAAUGUCUUUUGUACAAGUUCGAGGCAGCGUGCCUGUAUACUGGUCUCAACCUGGCUAUAAAUAUAAACCUCCGCCACAUAUAGAUAGAGGCGAAACAGAAACACAAGUGGCAUUUGAAAAACAUUUUACAGAAGAACUUCAGUUGUAUGGUCCAGUUUGUAUUGUCAAUCUUGUAGAACAAGCUGGUAAGGAGAAAAUCGUUUGGGAAGUUUACAGUAAUCAUGUGAUAAAUUACAAUCAUCCGGACGUGACAUACACAUCGUUUGAUUUUCAUGAGUAUUGUCGAGGAAUGCAUUUUGAAAAUGUGUCUAUACUGAUCAAUGCAUUGGCUACAGUACUGACAGACAUGGGGUACUGUUGGCAUGAUAAACAAGGCACAAUUUGCAUGCAGAAGGGAGUGUUUCGGGUGAAUUGCAUAGAUUGCCUAGAUAGGACGAAUGUGGUGCAAACUGCUCUGGGUAAAGCUAUAAUGGAAAUGCAGUUUUCUAAACUAGGACUAAUACCGCCAGACGGUACGCUGCCAACAAAUAUCAAGCAGACAUUUCAAUUGCUUUGGGCCAAUAAUGGCGAUAUUAUUAGUAAACAAUAUGCUGGAACAAAUGCUUUGAAGGGAGAUUACACGAGAACAGGGGAAAGAAAAUUUACUGGGUUAAUGAAAGAUGGCAUGAAUUCUGCAAACAGAUAUUUUCGACAACACUUUAUGGAUGACAUACGUCAAGUGGCGAUAGAUAUCUUGCUAGGGAAUCCUAUCAACGUUAAUGAACUGAAUACCAAUUGGUUGCACUAUUUAGACAUCCUUGAUAAUUGCUGCAAUGAGAUAAUCCCCAUGAUAACGACAAGCAUAGAGCUUCAACUUGCUACUUAUCCUGACUUUCUUUAUGCCAGAGCUAUGUAUUAUUUAGUAAGAUAUUACUUAAAUCGCUUCAGGGAUGUUUAUAGACAGGCAACCAUUGAUAUGAUGUUAGGGAAUUCAGUGAAUGAGGAAGUAUUUCAAGAACGUACAGAAGAAGAAGAUAAUGCAGCAACUGCAAUUCAUGUGAAAUUAUUAAUAGAGGAUUGCAAGAAAUUACUUGUACCUGACCCAGAAGUUAUUCUAGGCAGCUGGAGUCUUAUUGAUGCAGAUCCAGUAACUGGAGACCCAACAGAAACGGAAAUGGAUACUAUUCUUAUUUUAACACGAGACUGUUAUUAUGUCGCUGACUAUGAUGACCAGAUCGACAAAGUCACAAAUUACCAAAAAGUUUCACUGGGGGACAUUGUACUGAUCGAAUGUGGAAAGUCUGAGAGUUUAGUUUCUUUGUUUAAAAAUAAACAUUUUUAUUGUAUUAGAAUCAAUUACAAAGUAGCCAAUGAAACCGGUUAUUUUCACAUGUUUCGCAGUACAAAUUUACAGUUUUUUAAUAAUAUGGCUGUCAUAAAAACUGAAGAGGAAAGCACAGAGUCUUUAAGGGCAAUCUGUGAAACUUUCGCUGUUGCAAUAGAAAUGUCAGGUUUGCAAAAUAUUCCUAUAGCAAUAGAUGUAACAAUUGAUAGACGGAAGAGUAAGCUAGUUAAUGUUAAAGGAUCUACGGGUCUCCUAGAUCUUUCAUCUUUCCCAGAGUUGACUAGGAACGUCUCGGAAACACAGUUGCUAGCUCUUAAAAGUGCAGGAACAAAAGCUUUGAACAACAUGUCAGAGCAUUUCAGCAAGUUGAACAAACUCAGUCAUAGUUUUAGUGCUAGGAAACCGAUUGACGUGGCAAAAAAUAUAGGAAAAAAAUCUGAACCACUUGCAAAACCCACCUUUACGGUUGGUGGUAGAGAUAUAUCCGGAAAAAUACAACGAAAGCGUAAUAACAGCAGUAGCAGUAGCGAUGAUGAGAAUAUUUGUAUACCAUCUGGUCCUCUAGAGAAACCAGAAAACUUUAGCCACGAUAAGAAUUUGAUGGAAGCUUACACUCCAUCUAUUGGUAUCAUAAUGGGGGUGAAAAAUGCUGAUGUGGUGGAGCCUGAUGAUCACGAUUUGAUAACACGACCUAAUAAUUUGUCUGAUCAAAAAUCUAACUUACAGCUUCAAAAACCAGCAUUUGGGACAAACACCUUGAGUGCUUCUUCUCAAAUGACUGCAGCAACAACGCCAGAAAUAACAAUCCAGAAUAUGACCGACAGUUUGGUUGAGGAUAAUGAGAGAGUGGUCCCGCCCUCGACAUUAAAUCUUACAAAAAAUAUUAGUCAUUCCUCUGAGGCAAUGGAAAGCAGAUUGAUGCUCAACAAUAUGAACUGUAAUAAUUUGCAAACGGAUAGGUUGCAAGAUAAAAAAAGAUCCACCUCGGAACAAGAUUUGACCUUGAGCAUCACAUCUUCUCAAAGUGAAUCUGCUUUGAAAUCUAUAAAAACGAAUAUUGCUGUCACCGCUAGCCCAGCUUCAUCCACGGCCAAAGAUAUUUUAUCGCCAUUCUCGAAAUUCGCUAAAGGUGUACAGACAUUAGGAGCCAAUUUAGACCCUAGAAAAUUGAAAACAGGACAAGGAAGCUUACUGAAAAACCUGUCGGAUCAUCAUGUAGAACAACGUCAGAAAUUACAAGAGAGGUGGGGUUCUUGUCAAUCUAAGCUGAUUGCUUUGUAAGUUUUUUUAUAGAUCUCUUAAUACCUGGAAUCUGAAUGUCUAGCGAUGUGAUUGUAAUUCACAAUUUAGGGAUGCAACUGAGAAGUUAUUACACGCGAACAUUUACUUCAGCAUUGGAAUUGAUACAUGUAUUUCUCGUUGCUAUUGGUACUUACUAGAGAUGGUCUCAUGAGGAAGUUGUAUGUUCAAAUCACAUUUUUGACUCCAUCGAUUGUUUUGUAUUACUGCCAUCUUGCUAAAAAGUUUUUGCAAAAAAAAUGGCCAUCGUUAAACAUUUCCUACGCAUUCUCGUAACUGUUACCUUCUACGAAGUACAAUGUGGUCAAUAUUUAAUCAACAUCAAGUCUCUCGGUGUGUCUUACAAAUUACCUAUUACUCUACAUAUGUAUAAUAAUAAGGCCAAUUAGACUUUUGUUCUUAGAUUGAAUGACGAUUUGCAAAACGCUUUUCGCAUAUUUAUACCGAAUUUUCAUCUUGGCGGAAUUUGUAACGAUUUAAUGAAACGGAUUCUGGCGUUUGUUGCAUUUGGAU